AUGGACGCGCAGUACAACCCCAGGACGGUGGAGGAGGUCUUCCGGGACUACAAGGGCCGCCGCAACGGCCUCGCCCGCGCGCUCACCACCGAUGUGGAGGAGUUCUUCCGGCAAUGCGACCCGGAAAAAGAAAAUUUGUGCCUUUAUGGGUUUCCCAAUGAGCAUUGGGAAGUAAACUUACCUGCUGAAGAAGUGCCACCUGAGCUCCCAGAGCCAGCAUUGGGUAUCAACUUUGCACGAGAUGGAAUGCAGGAAAAAGAUUGGCUAUCCAUGGUUGCAGUACACAGCGACGCAUGGUUACUAUCUGUUGCAUUCUACUUUGGUGCUCGAUUCGGAUUUGAUAAAAGUGACAGGAAGCGCCUGUUUGGUAUGAUUAAUGAGCUUCCCACGAUAUUUGAUGUUGUUAGUGGGAAGAGUAAAACCAAGGCUCCGACCAACAAUAACCACAGCAAUAGCAAAUCCAAGUCCAACAAUAAAAUGAAAACCUCGGAGCCUCGGGCGAAGCAACCCAAGCCCCAGCUGAAGGAGGAAGACCACGAGGACGAAGCCCCGGAUGCGGGCGAGGAUGGUGGAGGCGCCGCCGGUGGUGGUGGUGGUGGCGGGGAAGAGCAUGGCGAUACGCUGUGCGGCGCGUGUGGGGACAACUACGGGCAGGACGAGUUCUGGAUCGGUUGCGACAUGUGCGAGAAGUGGUUCCACGGCAAGUGUGUCAAGAUCACGCCGGCCAAGGCGGAGCACAUCAAGCAGUACAAGUGCCCGUCAUGCAUGGGCGCCGUCAUCCGGCGAGGGGCGACCGGCCGGCCUCGCCGCGUAGUAGGACUGAGCUCUUAUUGCAGUCGCUGUAACAAAGUUUCCAGGCGUCAAGGCGCGUGCCCUUAG